GCUUCUCUCUCUCUCUGUUCAGAGUCUUGGACCAGCCACUGUCUCCUUGCGCUCUGACUGGAGUCUCUCGAUUGUUUGUGUUUUUGUUUGUUUGUAUAUUUGUUUGUGUGUUUGUUUCGCAGUACCAUGUCUCCCAGUAACAGCUCCUCGAACUCGUCCUCACCAGUUCACCAGUUCGUGCAGGCUCCGUGGCGCGUGGCACUGUGGGCGCUGGCGUACACAGCAGUGCUGCUGGUGGCACUGACCGGAAACGUGCUGACCGCCUGGGUCAUCCUCGCCCACCGCCGCAUGCGCACUGUCACCAACUACUUCCUGCUGAACCUGGCGGUGGCGGACGCCAGCCUAGCAGCUCUGAAUACGCCCGUGAACUUCAUCUACGCCGCCCGGGGACAGUGGUACUUCGGCCUGGCGUACUGCCGCUUCCACAACUUCUACCCUGUGGCCGCAGUGUUCGCCAGCAUCUACACCAUGACCGCCAUCGCAGUGGACAGGUACAUGGCAAUCAUCCACCCUCUGAAGCCUCGAUUCUCGGCCACCGUGACCAAGGUAGUGAUCGCGUGUGUGUGGGGGGCAGCGGUGGUCCUGGCGUUUCCACUCUGUUUCUACUCAGCGACCAAAACCGUCAGACAGAGGACGCUGUGUUACGUAGCCUGGCCACGCCUCCCUGACGACACCUUCAUGUACCACAUUAUUGUGGCAGUGCUGGUGUAUCUGCUGCCGUUGGUAGUGAUGGGCAUCACCUACAGUCUAGUGGGGGUCACUCUUUGGGGCAGCAGCCUACCGGGACAUACCUCAGAGAACUAUGUGGACCAGCUACAGGCCAAGCGCAAGGUGGUGAAGAUGAUGCUGGUGGUUGUAGUGACCUUUGCGAUCUGCUGGCUGCCCUAUCAUGUUUACUUCAUCGUAACUGGACUGAACAGAAGACUCACAAAGUGGAAGUACAUCCAGCAGGUCUACCUCGCCAUACUGUGGCUCGCCAUGAGCUCCACCAUGUACAACCCCAUCAUCUACUGCUGCCUCAACAGCAGGUUCCGUGCCGGCUUCAAGCAAGCGUUCCGCUGGUGCCCCUUCAUCCACAUGUCUGAGUCUGAUGAGAUGGAGCUGAGGCCCACCCGGUUCCACACGACCCGCCAGAGCAGCGUGUUCACCCUCACCCGGCUGGAGUCCAGCGCCGACUCCCACACACUGCCCUCCCGCCGCAAGAGCUCCUCCACCAGCCGCCACGGCAGCCUAAGUGGUCAGAUACGACACGUUCCCCGACUGUCCCUGAACAGCACUCAAAACGGCUCUGUAAACACCACCAUACACUAGCCUGGAGAUCCGCCCUGCUCCAGCCUCUGUACAUACUCCACCUGCUGAGGAACCCUGUGUUUAACUGUGCUGAGUUCUGGUUAGGUUUAAAUGGUGGACCUUCUCUCAACCUCAGCUCAAAUACACUCGCACUCGCGCCAAUACACACACUACCAUCAACACCAAUACAGAGCUCUUUCUGUACUAAGAACAAAGCAACAGCCAU